AUGGCAAUGGUCAAGAGUGAACCGUUAGGGGUAAGAAGAGGAGUGAUGCAAGGGGAUACCCUCAGUCCGCUCCUCUUCUGUAUGGCCAUAGCUCCUAUAUCGGCGUGGCUACGUAACAACGUUAGCCCGUAUAGAACAUCUACUGGAGCUCUGACUUUGCCAGAAGGACCUCUAGAGAUCAACCAUCUCUUCUAUAUGGAUGAUCUAAAGGUUUACUCGCCCAGAUGGGAUGAUAUGGUUUACUCGCCCAGGUGGGAUGAUAUAGUGAAAGCCCAAGAGGGCAUCCAGAAAGUGGCUGGAGAGUUAGGACUUCGAAUGAAUCCCAGCAAGUGUGCUGUGAAUUCACUGAACCACCCCCCGCCACUGGUCACAACACCUGGGAUGGAAGAGAUACCUGUCCUAGGUUCAAGUUCGCUCUACAAGUAUUUAGGAGCAGAACAAAACGCUCUUGUAAGUGUGGAUCAACUGUGGUCUCGUACUAGAGAAAAAGCGUUGGCCGCAGCCCGAAGGAUUAUGCUCAGCGACCUUGCGGUUCGCCAAAAGGUCAAUGGGUAUAACCAAGUGGUGGCCGCAUCCUAA